UCAAAGCGACACAUUGCACUGAUAGGUGGAAUUUCCUCCUCUCUUCCUGAGGGAUGCUGCAUCAUGCACAUGUUUUAUAUUUUAUUUAGGUCAUCUGGCGCGAAUAUUCUUGAUUUUAGCCAAUGACAGUAAUAUCAUCUGAACUGAAACGACCUCUUUUCACCAUACAUCCGAGGUUUGUUGGUUAAAUAUCAUUAGAGGAGGAUAAAUAAUGUGGUGAUUUGCCGGGGGUGUAGCAGCCGUGAUACAGCAUCUUUCUUUGCAAGUGACACAUCAUCAUCAGCAUCCAUAGUGAAAGAGAGAUCAGCUCAAUAGGAAACAAUGGCAGACAAAAGUGACAUAAAAGCUGAGCUAGAGCGCAAAAAGCAGCGCCUAGCUCAGAUCAGGGAGGAGAAGAAGAGGAAGGAGGAGGAAAGGAAAAAGAAAGAGACAGAGACGCAGCAGAAGGCUGAAGCUGCCCCAGUGGACUCCGACUUGGACCGGAAGCGCAGAGAGACUGAGGCCCUUCUACAGAGCAUCGGCAUCUCCCCAGAACCCCCACUAGUCCAUCCGCUGCAGCCUUUAAUGUUGGAUACGUGUUAUUUUCAUUAUUUAGUCCCGAACCCCAUGUCCCCAUCCAAAUCAGUGAGCCGACACAGCACCCCCAGUGAGACGGGAAGUCAGGACUCUGCCGAUGGGGCCACAGCCGGCAGGUAUAGGUCAGGGUUGUCUGGCGUUAGUAAGCAUCAGGCACAGGCUCAGAGCGACAGGACCCUGCAGUGGGACACUGACCCCUCUGUUCUGCAGCUGCAGGAUGACUCUGAGCUAGGGCGCAGGAUGCAUAGACUGGGGGCGUCUAAGAUCACACAGGUGGACUUCCUACCCAGAGAGGUGGUGUCGUAUUGCAAAGAGACUCAGACGCCCAUCACUGGCACUACCCAUCUGUCUGAGGAGGAGGAAGAAGAGGAUGAAGAAAUCACAGAGCUGAAGCCUGAUCCUGAAUCUGACCAGCAGGAGGAGGAGGACACCAAGGAGAUGAAAGAGGGCUACCCCUGCAGGGAGCUGACAGAGGAAGAGAAGCAGCAGAUCCUCAAAUCAGAGGAGUUCCUCAGUUUCUUUGACUGCAGCAUCAGAGUGAUGGAGAGAGCCCUGGCCCAGGACUCAGACAUAUUCUUUGACUACAGUGGACGAGACCUGGAUGACAAGGAGGGGGACUUACAAGGCGGAUCCAGUCUGGCCCUCAGUAGGCUAUUCUAUGACGAGCACUGGUCCAAACAUCGAGUCAUUACCUGUCUGGACUGGUCCCCUCAGUAUCCAGAGCUGUUGGUGGCGUCCUACAACAACAACGAGGAUGCUCCUCACGAGCCUGACGGUGUAGCUCUGGUCUGGAACAUGAAGUUUAACAAGAACACACCUGAGUAUGUCUUCCACUGCCAGUCUCCCGUGGUGUCAGUGGGCUUUGCUAGGUUCCAUCCUAACCUGGUGGUGGGGGGGACCUACUCUGGCCAGAUAGUCCUGUGGGACAACCGCAGCCACCGCAGAACUCCUGUACAGAGAACCCCCCUCUCAGCUGCAGCUCACACGCACCCGGUGUACUGUGUGAACGUGGUGGGAACACAGAACGCCAACAACCUGAUCACCGUGUCCACAGAUGGCAGGAUGUGCUCCUGGAGUCUUGACAUGCUCUCUCAGCCUCAGGAGAGCAUGGAGCUGGUGUACAACAAGUCUAAAGCGGUGGCUGUGACAGGCAUGGCGUUCCCCACUGGAGACGUCAAUAAUUAUGUGGUGGGGAGUGAGGAGGGAACCGUGUACACCGCAUCCAGACACGGCAGCAAGGCGGGGAUCUGUGAGAUGUUUGAGGGCCACCAGGGGCCAGUGACGGGCCUCAGCUGUCACAACGCUGUCGGCCCCGUAGACUUCUCCCAUCUCUUCGUCACCUCGUCGUUUGACUGGACUGUCAAACUGUGGAGCACCAAGCACAAUAAACCCCUCUACUCCUUUGAGGACAACGCUGACUACGUCUAUGAUGUCAUGUGGUCCCCUGUGCACCCAGCUCUGUUUGCCGCCGUGGACGGGAUGGGCCGUCUUGAUCUGUGGAACCUCAACAAUGACACAGAGGUCCCCACAGCCAGUGUGACCAUCGAGGGAGCCUCCGCCCUAAACAGGGUGCGCUGGGGGUCGGCGGGCAAGGAGGUUGCCGUGGGUGACUCAGAGGGCCGUUUGUGGAUCUACGACGCAGGAGAGCUGGCAGUGCCCCACAGUGAGGACUGGGCACGUUUCGCCUGUACCCUGAUGGAGAUCAAAGCCAACCGGGCCGACGGCGAGGAGGAAGGGCCUGUGGAACUGACGCCAUAGGAUUGAACGAAUCACUGCAGGAUCCAAUGGGAUCACCGAGCAUCGCCAAGCACACUGGGCGGGUCACUAGGCGAUCCAGCCCAUCAGAAGGCUUUGUUCUCACACCUUUAUGACAUGAUUUCACACACCUGUCAAAGCAGCAGCAUGUGUUUCUAGACCCCGCCCCCCGCCGUCUCUCUGUGACAGCUACGGGUCGUGUUCUCCUGUUCAGCCCUUGCUGACACAUGCCAGAUCUUACAACACUUGGAUAGGCAUUUUACCUAUCAGCUAACCACAUCAUAUGUUAUAGUAAUCUGGUGCCCGACUGCAGUCAAUGAAGUGGCAAGCAACCACUGGUUGAUGCAUGCAACGUCUGAGCAGGGGAACUCAACCACUAUUCCAGCAGUGUGUUCAGGCUACAACGUGCUUUCUCUCUACUGUAUUAACAUCACUGUUUUUGUGUUCAUUUAUGUUAAUAUAUGUUAGUCGUAUAAGCACCUCGGGCCUCUUUGUAAUUUACUAUAUGAAUUAUUUAUUGAUUCACUUACUGUAUGUGGUCAGUUGUCUUACAGUGCUCAGAACCUAAGCGAAUCCCAUAUCCAAUCAUAGGUCUUACUACAGCUGUGAAACUAGCAGUGAGAACAGUUCGACAGGGCCUAUAGGUCUCUAUGCUGUCACGUUAAAGAAGUCUCAUGUUCACAGUGCUUUUGUUGUGCUUUUCUCAGUAUCCAACCCCCUGCGUGCAUGCAACACAUUUAUAGGUUCUUACAGCUUCAUAGAUAUGUUCUAAUAUGUUGUGGAUGUCUGUAAGUGCUUUAUGUCAAUGUUAUAGGGCUCUAAUGUGAGGAUUAUUGCACUGUCCAUGGCUACAGGCCUAAAAAACCAAUUCUAGUUUAGCACUUUGUUUGAGUGUGUGCCCGCUGUUUAUCAUGAUAUAUCUGCCAAUAAAUCAUGGCUGAAGUACUGUUAA